CUUCCGGAAGUGAUGAGGGGGGGGUCGGCGGAGCGAGAUUGGAGUCAUGGCUAGGCGAAUUAUUUAUCCCCUGUACCAGCUAGGAAAUCCUCAAGUAAGGGUUUUCCGGACUGAAUACUUCUUGACAAUGGUGAGGCCUGGUGUUCCACAGCCAGAAGACACUGUACAAUUUCGCAUUCCCAUGGAGAUGACAAGAGUGGAAUUGAAGGAUUACCUUGAAAACAUAUACAAUGUGCCUGUGGCUGCUAUAAGAACCAGGAUACAACAUGGUUCAAUGAAGCGGAGGGACCAUAAAAACAGACGCAUCAAGAAUCCAGAUUACAAGGUUGCCUAUGUACAGCUGGCUGCAGGACAGACUUUUCAGUUUCCGGACUUGUUUCCAGAGAGAGAAGAAACCAUUCAGCCUGGCUCUUUUGAAGACAUCCAGAAUAAAUUUAUGGAAGAUGAGAGACAGAGGCAGAAAGAUGACAUCAGGCAAGGAGGAGUUCCUGGCUGGUUUGGACUUUGACGGAAUCAACCUGCUUUUUCGUUUAGGUAGCUUGCAGGGACUUGAGCCCUUGCAUCCAAUAUUGAUUGUCACCUUGUAAUGCAAUUAGGAUGAUGGCGCUGUUUUUAAAGCCCUUGCUGGUACCUGUUUUGUAUAACAGAAGAGGAACAAAGAAUAUAUACAAAGAAAUUGGGAACAACCCUUUCAGUUCCUCUUCAUGCUGUUUCGUUCUGUGGAAGGAAAUGCUCACCGCGCUAUCCAUCUGGAGAGGUGCAACCACCCAGGCCACCGUUCUCUUCUCUUCCUGCCCUGAAUAGAUUAUUUGAAUGUCAUUUCACUGGAGCGUAGAAAGUAUGUAUAAGGGCUGAGACAGCCAACUAUUGCUAUGAUGAGGGUCAUAUGAGAUGAUCUGGCUACUGCUGAACUGUUGGGCAUUUUGCGCUGCUAUUGGGAUGAUUCUUUGGAUGUGUGGAAUUGAGGUCCUCUCCCCAUUAAUACUGCAUUGGGGUAUGUUUGGGUGUGUGAGCUGUGCAAAAUGUCUUCUUGCUACCUGAAGGGAGGACUCUGAUAUUUCCAAAUAUGCAUAGACCAAUUGAGCUUGGCCCAAUAAAAGGCGUUGCCUUGUCUACUUA